CUGUCCCAUAUAGUAUAUUUUGAAAAUUAAGAAUUACACGGACGGACUCUCACAAUUAGGACUCUCUAGUAAAAAUACACGUUUUACGUUGAUCGCAGUACCUCUCACAAUCCUUUUAGACAUCAUCAAACAAUCGCCACCACAACGAAGGAACGAUGUCGAAGAAGAUAAUGUUGAAGAGUUCCGAUGGUGAGUCAUUCGAGAUGGAGGAAGCAGCCGCAGUCCAGUCGCAGACGAUAGCACAUAUGGUUGAAGACGAUUGCGUCGGUAACGAGAUCCCUCUGGCAAACGUCACAGGAGCCAUACUCGCGAAAGUGAUCGAGUUCUGCAAGAAGCAUGCCGGUGCUGACGCUUCAACCGACGGCAAAGAGGAACUCAACAAGUGGGACGCUGACUUCUUGAAGGAGAUGGAGACACCUACUCUCUUUCAUGUUAUAUUGGCUGCUGCUAAUUACCUAAACAUUAAAGACCUGCUUGAUCUUUCUCUCCAAGCAGUUGCUGACAUGAUCUCUGGUAAAAAUCCAGAAGAGAUUCGCACACUUUUCGGUAGAGAUUUUACACCCGAGGAGGAAGAAGAGCUUCGCAAGGAGAAUCAAUGGGCUUUUGAAUAAGCAACCAUGAGCCCCUU